AUGUUAUCGACGAGAAAUAACCUAUAUGAAAAUCCGGAUCUGGUCGAAGGUGAUAUGCUGUUUCCUGCUGAGUUUGCAAAUAGUAUUCGUGGAGUUGCAGCCCGUGGUUCUUCGGUACCUUGGACAAAAGGCAUUGUACCAUAUGAAAUCUUACCUGGAUAUGCUUCUACACAACAGGCGUUUAUUAUCGCUACAAUGCAAAAAAUGGAACGCUUAAUAGCAGUUAACAAUUAUAAAUGUAUUCAGUUUCGGCCAAGAAUAGCCUCGGAUAUCUAUUAUAUAACAAUUGUCAAUGGCCAAGGCUGUGCAUCUUAUGUCGGACAAAACACAGGUGUUACUAUGGCACGAACAGUAACAUUGCAACAUCCUGGUUGCAUAGGUGAAGCACAUAUCAUGCAUGAAUUACUGCAUGCAUUAGGUUUUUACCAUGAACAAUCAAGACCAGAUCGUGAUGAUUAUGUCAGAAUUAAUUAUGCGAAUAUUCAAUACGGUAUGAUAAACAACUUUGAUAAAUAUACCAACACAGCAGUGGAUACACAAAAUACUCCAUAUGAUUACAAAUCUGUUAUGCAUUACGAGAAAAAUACUUUCUCAGUAAAUGGUUUGCCGACCAUCGAGCCACUUGUUUCAAAUGUUUCAAUUGGACAACGUGAUAACAUGAGUUUGAUUGAUAUACAAGAGGUGAGAUUAUUUUAUAAUUGUUCUGCAAUUGGUACUACGCUACCACCGAUUUCAACAACGACAACAAGUAAAUAA